AUGGAAGCUGAACCAUCUUUAUUGGUUAUUAGCUUCAUUCUUUUCUUGAUAUUGCAUUGGCUUGCAAAAUAUUACAAGUCCAGUGUUGCUCACAAACUUCCCCCAGGCCCAAGAAAGUUACCUAUCAUUGGAAACUUGCACCAACUAGCACGAGCAGGUUCACUCCCUCAUCAUGCUCUCCGAGACUUUGCACAUAAAUAUGGACCUCUCAUGCACCUUCGACUUGGUGAAAUUUCUACAGUGGUUGUAUCCUCCUCCAGGUUGGCGAGAGAGGUAAUGAAGACACAUGACAUGUCUUUUGUGAACAGGCCAAAUCUUCUUCCUGCUCAAAUUUUCACCUAUGGAGGAAUAGAUAUUGCUUUUGCUCCAUAUGGUGACUAUUGGAGACAAAUAAGGAAAGUAUGCACGUUAGAACUUCUAAGUGCAAAGAAGGUUCAGUCUUUCUCUUAUAUUAGAGAAGAUGAAACAGCAAAGUUCAUAGAAUCAAUUAAGUUAUCAGCGGGUUCAGAAAUCAAUCUCACUAGCAGAAUUUCAUCGUUGGUAAGUGCUUUUGUUUUCAGGGCAGCGUUUGGUAACAUAUCCACGGACCAGCGUGAGUUUGCGAAUUUGCAGACGCAAGUAGUGGCGAAUAUAGGAGGGUUUGACCUCGCUGAUUUGUUUCCUUCGGUGAAAAUUUUAAAUUAUAUUACUGGGAAAAAGCCCAAGAUGGAGAAGUUGCAGGAGAAGCUUGACAAGAUCUACGAGAACAUUGUCAUGGAGCAUCGAGAAAAACGCGCAAGAGCAAAAGGAAGCAUCAUCAAAGAGGAGGAUGAAGAUCUUGUGGAUGUUCUUUUGAGAAUCCAAGAAAGUGGCAGCCUCGGGAUCGAGAUGGCCACCCAAAACAUCAAAGCUGUGAUUUCGGAUGUAUUUGUUGCUGGAAUUGAUACUUCAGUAUCAAUUAUUGAUUGGGCUAUGUCAGAAUUGAUGAAAAAACCAGAAGUUAGGGAGAAGGCACAAGCUGAGGUGAGACAAGCAUUUAAAGGAAAAAGAAUAAUUCAUGAAUCUGAUGUAGAGGAACUGAGUUAUUUAAAGUUGGUGUACAAAGAGACAUUGAGGCUACACCCUCCUGCACCUUUGUUGCUUCCUAGAGAAUGCUCUGAACUAACCAUUAUUGAUGGGUAUGAAAUACCUGUGAAGACCAAAAUCAUGGUAAAUGUAUGGGCAAUGGGAAGAGAUCCGCAAUAUUGGGAUGAUGCUGAGAAGUUUAUACCAGAAAGGUUCGAUGGUAGUUCUAUCGAUUUCAAAGGGAAUAACUUUGAAUAUCUUCCCUUUGGGGCAGGAAGGAGAAUGUGCCCAGGCAUGUCUUUUGGUUUAUCCUUAAUUAUGCUUCCUUUGGCUCUUCUACUUUAUCACUUCAACUGGGAACUUCCAAAUGGGAUGAAACCUGAGGACGUGGAUAUGACAGAAAACUUCGGAUUGGCAAUUAGAAGGAGAAGUAACUCGUAUUUGAUUCCUACCGUUUAUGAUUUAGUGUCCUCCUGUAAUAUUAAGCUCAUUCAGGGGAGUACUGUUUCAUGA